AUGGCCAGCGACGCGAGGAUGGGGGAGACCCCGGCGCGGUGGAGAAGAGCCCCGGAGGCAGCGCAGGACGCCCGGGGGAUGGAGAGCAGCGGGAUGGUUUUACCCCGAAGCGCCUCUGCAGAGCUGGGACUCCCGGGCUACCCAGAGCCCGGCAAACUGAGCUACGGGAUGGAGAAAGGAUGUCCCUGGAGGGGCUCCGAGGGAUGUUUGGGACCUGUCCGGGAGCUCGCCGGUGGCCGCCUGGGCUGCCCCUACCCCCCGGCCCCGCCGUGCCUGCGGGACUCCCUGUGCCGCCCCAAGGACGGAGCCGAGCUCCCCCCGCUGCUGCCCCCCCGGAACGGGCAACCCAAAGCGGGCUGGGGGGAGCCCUGCAAGGAUCGCCCGGGGCCGCGCUGGGCAGAGGCCGUGCUGGCCCCGCUGGCCCUUUACAGCCACGCGUACCACCGCUACCCACUGCCCGUGCCGGGGCUGGACACGCCGCGUCCCGGCACCGCCGGCAAGCCCCGCAGCGCGGCGGGGGACACGGCCGGAGACCCCCCGGCUUUCCGACACUGCCCCUUCCUCGUGGAGGCCAAGCACAGCCCCUUCCUCCUGUCCUCGCUGCUGCCCACCGGGCCCCCGGCUGAGCCCCCGUACGGUGGCGUGGGCCCGGAGGGACCGGGGCCGGUGGGUGACGGGCGGUUCGCCGGCCUGGACUGGCGUUUGGGCUGCUACGCGCCAGCCUGGGGACAGCCCCUCUACCUGGGGGUCCCGCCGAGGUGCAAGGGGGCUCUGGACCCCUUCGACGACUGCUCCAGCUCAGGGAACAAGGAGUUUUACGCCAAGAAAGAACCCGGGUUCCACCCCUCCACCAAGAACCACGCGGCGUCGCAGCUGCUGGGCAAGAGCCAAGCAGGGCAGGACAGAGACGGGGAGGGGGAGCCGGCGGUGCCGGAGCUGCCGGGAGCCCCGUGGAGGGAUGGCCGGGCGGGGGGCAGCUCGGCGGUGCCCGCUCCCCAUCCCCGCACGCCUCCCCCCAGCACCAGCCACCCCCUCUUCCUCCUGCAGCCCGGCUCGGGGGGCUGCGGGGGGCCCUGGGUGGUCUCACGGCCCCACGGCACCGAUUUUUCCACGGACACGGGGCCGGGCCGGCCCUCGGAGCCCAAAGAUGAGCGCCUGGGCUACCAAAGCGCCCAGCCCGGCUCGCCCCCGGGAUGCGGGGAGCCCAAUCCCUCGCCUCUGCUCGCGGACGGGCACUACCCAGCGGCUCUCGCCAAGCCAGAGCCCCCCCCGACCUGUCUCUGCCCCACCCCGGGCUGUGAAGGGUGCCCGGGGGUGGGCUGCGGGGUGCCCAGCCCCUUCGAGCCCACCCUGGGCAUGGCCGGGGGGCGUUUUCCGUGCCCCCCCAGCAACCACACCAAGCUGAAGAAGACGUGGCUGACGCGGCACUCGGAGCAGUCGCUGCCUCGCUCCAAAGCUUCCCGGCGGGAUGGGGGUCCCGAGCCCCCCGGGGAGGGCAAGCGCUCGGCAAAACGCCCCCACGGCACCGCCGAUGGUGCCCGAGCUGCCGGCGAGGGCGCCGGGGCGGCCAAGAGGGGCACCAAGGCCACCGCAUGCCCGGGUGAAGGCACGGAGAGCGCGGGGGACCCCGAGGAGAGGAGGAUGGAGCUGGGAGAUGGAGAGCCACCGAGCCGUGCUGGGGAGCCGUGGUGCCUGCAGAGCCUGCCCUGCACGGCGCUGCCCCCGGGCAUCCCCCGCUGCUGUGCCUGCGCCCCCCGCGCCGGGGGGGACCCCGAGGGCGAGGAGGAUGAGGAGGAACCCCCCGAGAGCACCUGCAGGCUGAUGCACUUCCGCAGGUUCGCCCUGGGGGACAAGGGGGAGCUGAGCGUCGACGGCCUCUGCACCCUGGGGGAGGCCGAGGGGGAGCUGCUGGAAGCGGCCUCUGAAUCAGGGGGCAGGAAUAUGGGGAGCAGGAAUGUGGGGAGCAGCCUCUGCCUGGCCAAGUACCUGCUGGGGGUCCUGGGGGACCCCUUCUGCGCCGCUGUCCGCAGGGACAGGGACACGUGGCCAGGAGCCCCCGAGGGGGUCACAGGCUGGAGGCGGGGGGAAGGAGCCCCCCAGCUCUGUGACGCCUGCCAGCGUGGCUUCUUCAACUCCCACUGGAGCUGCGCCAGAUGUGGCUUCCAGCUGUGCCCCGACUGCCACCGCAGCAGGCGGGAGGACAGUGGCUCUGAGGGUCCAGCGCUGCCACCAGAGUGCACCCUGGGGCGGGACCACCACGUGUCAUCCCUGGUCCCCACACAGUUCGUCCCCACCAGUGUCCUGACCCGGCUCUGGAAGCUCCUGCACGAGGUCAGGGUCAAGUUUGGCAUCGAGUCUCACUGUCCCUGCGGGGAGGGGACAGCAGAGCAGAGCCUGGUGGAGUCCCCGGGCAGGCAGGAGCCGCCGGGGCCCGCGGUGCCCACCCUGCCACCCCACAACCACGGCCCAGCCGAUCCCACCCGGCCCAUCAAGGAAGAGAGACCCGAGGAGGGGCCGCCGUCCCCGGGGCAGCCCCCGGUGCGGGGGGGUCCCGUGCAGACCACGACCCUCUGCGACCUCCUGGCCUCCACCGCCGUGAAGCUGUGCCUGGGGCAGGAUGGGGUGCGCAUGGCCUUCGCCCCCGUGGCACCUGCCCUGCCCAGCGAUAAUCGCCUGACCAGCAUCCUGGACAGCAUCAUCGCCCGCGUGGUGGAGAGGAAGAUCCAGGAGAGGCAGGCGGGGGGCGAGCUGAGCCCCCCCAGCUGCCAGGACCCCCCAGCAUCCCACUGCGUCCUGGCCCCCAGCGGGCUGCUCUGGCUGCACGACCCCGGCCACGCCAGCAACUACAAACUGUUCCAGGAGCACUGGAGGAAGGGCCAGCCUGUGCUGGUUUCAGGGCUGCAGAAGAAGCUGGAGAGGCGGCUGUGGGUGCCCGAAUCCUUCCAGUCUUCGGGAGAACAGGAGGAGGAGGUGGAAGCGGUCAACCUGCGGGCACCGCAGAGCCGAGUCCGGAUGAGCAGCCGCGAGUUUUGGGAUGGCUUUGCCGCCAGCACAGCAUCCCCAGAGCAGCAACAGAGCAGAGGGGACCUGCUGAAGCUGGAGAGUGACUUUGGGGACACGCAGCUGAGCCGGUGUGCAACCUCAGGAUCGGAAUUUCGGGACCAAAAACCUGACGGUGGAAGCAGCCGACUCCAUCAGCGUCCUGGCCCACGCAGCUCCAGCCCCGUGGGAGGUGCUCCUGCCAGGGGACAUGGAUGACCUGGACUCGCCGCUGCGGGAGCGGCUCAGGGAGAGCGGGCGGCCCGGGGCACUGUGGCACAUCUUCCGUGCCGAGGAUGCGGGGAGGAUCCGGGAUUUCCUACGAAAGGAAUCCGAGGAGCCGGGGCAGGAUGGGGGAGUCACGGCGGAGCCCCCCGGCCGCUACCUGGACCUCACCCUGCGGCGUCGGCUGCGGGACGAGUGCGGGGUGAGCGGCUGGAGCCUCCUCCAGCUGCCGGGGGAUGCCGUGCUGGUCCCUGCCGGGGCUCCCCACCAGGUGCAGAGCCUCAGUGGCACCAUCAGCGUGGAGCAGCAAUUCCUGUCCCCCGAGAGCGCCGUCCGCCUCCGGGCCCUCGGCACCGACCCCGCUGGAACCCCGCGCCAGCUCCGUGCCCAGCUGGAUGGGAUGAUCUUCGCCGCCGUGCGGGAGGCCCUGGGGAUCCUGCGGGGCUGCAAGUGAGGCCACGGCGCGAUGGGAGGACACCGGGAGCUUCAGUCACUGUCACGGUCACGGCCAGGACACCCUGGGAAGCCAGGACCGGGCACCUUUUGCUCGGUGAUUUGCUCUGAGAGCUCCCGGGAGUGCUCAGGGCAGGAGGAAUAAAGUGUCGCACCACCAGCAACCACCUCGGUGUCUCCUUUUGUCUCCCCUCCAUCCCAUCGGGGUCAGGGGUGCUCCAGUGGCACCACCAGCAUCCACCUCAGUGUCUCCCUUCAUCACAGCGAGACUGGGAGCAGCCCCUUCCCCAGAGCGCCCUGCAGCCCUACUGGGACCCCCCGUCCCCCCCCGGCUCCAGCCCCCCCGGAACCCCCCAGCCCAGCGAACUUUUCUACCCCAGUCCGGGCAUCCCCCAGUCCAGCCGUCCCUAUCCUCCCAGUGCCCCCCAGUCCAGCCAGCCCUUCCCCACCAGUAUCUUCCAGUCCAGCCAGCCCAUUCCUCCCAGUGCCCCCCAGUCUGGCCACCCCUUUUCCCGCUACCUCUUCCAGUCCGGCCAGCCUUUUCCUCCCAGUAUCUUCCAGUCCGGCCAGCCUUUUCCUCCCAGUAACCACCAGUCCAGCUACCCCUUUCCCCCCAGUAUCCUCCAGUCCGGCCAGCCUUUUCCCCCCAGUAUGCUCCAGUCUGGCCAACCCUUCACCUCCUUCAGCUUCCCGUGCAUCCUGCAGUCCAGCCAGCCCUUCUCGUACCGCAGCCCCCCCCGGCUCCCCAAAUCCUGCCAGCUCUUCCCCCUGUGCCCCCCCCAGUCCAGCCAGCCCUUCCCGUGCUGUGCCCCCCCAUACCUGCCCCAGUCCAGCCAGCCCCUGUCCUACCGCAGCCCCCCCCGGCUCCCCAAACCCACCGACCCCUUCCCCUUCCCCCUGGGGGUCCCCCAAUCCAGCAGACCCUUCCCCUUCUGCACCCCCCCCUGCAUCGCCAAGGCCACCGAGCUCUUCCCUCGCUACGUCCCCCCGCAACCCAGCAGACCCCUCCCCAUUUACACCCCCCUGCACAUCCCCCAGUCCAGCAGACCCUUCCCCUCCUCCAGCACCCCUCAAUCCCCCUCCCCGUGCACCCCACAAUCGCCGGACCCCCUCCCUCACCACCCCCUGCAGCCCCCCCGCCGCCGCGGCUCUUUGUCCCCUCGCCUGCACGUUUGGGGGGUCCCCUCGCCACCCCAAAAUCCUGCCACGCCCUGA